AUGCUUUCAGCUUCCAUUGAGCUCUUUGAGCCCUCGUCGACUGACGACCAAACAUUCGAAAGCAGCAACCAUGGUGCACCAGAAGACGCUACCAAACCUCAAUCUUUGAAACUGAAGCUCGAACCCAUCUCGGAACUAUCAAAUCAAAGGAGCCACUCAGAGUCCUCACAGUCAGACCAAACACCAACGAUACCACCGCAACAAGACAAUCCAACAGAAGUAAAUCAACCCUCGGACGAUGCUCAGGACGAACAUGCUCCUCAUGCACGAGCAGCGUCUGAUCCACUACCAUCUACUCAGCAACGGGAGGAUCUGGCCUCUAUAGGAAUGAGACAACGACGUGCCAGUAAUAAUAACAACAUGACCACUACUCGUGCUGUACCAAUCACUGGCGGUCGCUCAAAUGACUCGAGAAGGAGGACUCCAUCUGCACAGGCUUCAUCAUCAUCAGACCCUAUUUCGUCAAUGGGUGGUCCAGUAUCGCCAUAUUCAUCCAGGUCGCCACAUCAAUCACCACACUUGUCCAGCCACCAAUACUCGUCAUCAAACAAUACUCCAGCAUCGAUUCCAAUACAGCAUCCAAUAUAUAAUCAAUCGAAAGCCAACAAUAUACCACCCACGGCGGCACGUGCACCUCAGCAACCGAUUGAGCCUGGAUCUGGAGAAGAGUCGGCGUUAUCGUAUGGUUGGCCUAUACUAUUUGCUGUGAUGCCACCUCUCAUGUCUUUGAUGUUUGGAAGCACGACAUUGUGGGGUGAAGUCCUCCUCUUGAUGUUGACUGCCUUCUACUUGUAUAUCAUCAUCAAAGUUCCAUGGGAUAUGUAUCAUUCUGUACGUACGAGAAAGUAUUUAAAUAGGGUUGCCUUCACAUCGCAUCCACCAACCAUGUCAUCAGAGGCUCAGUCAACCGAUAGCACCAACGCAAAUACGAAUACUAGUACUCCUCAACCAUCUACCAUGGACUUUGAAUCUGUCUCAACUAGUUAUCGUAAUGCUGCCUACGAAGAACUACAACAAUGGGAACGUUUUUAUCUUUUUACAAUAGGAAUAUCACCUUUUCUAGGAGGGCUCGGUUUACACCUAGUUCGUCACUUCCUCUCACAACCCAAUCAACUUAUAUCAAACUUCAAUGUCGCCUUGUUUGUCGUGGCUGCUGGUAUAAAACCUCUACUCUUCAUCAUGUCUCUAGCUCGAGCAGAAGCUACCCGAUUGCAAGAAGAACUCAACUAUCCUACAACAGAAGUUGAUUCCUUGAAAACACGAGUGAUGGCUCUAGAAGGUCAAAUAGCCGCAAUCAUGGAACAAGCCGCUACAAAAACAGACUUGUUUGCUCUACGAGAAGAACACGAGUCGUCUGUGUCUGUAUUAGGUCGAAGCAUACGUCGUGUAGAAAAGAGGGCAGAUCAAGCUCGUGGGUUUGCUGAAGAACGUACGUUGGCACUUGAAGGUCGGCUACGUGAAGUGGGAGAAGGAGUUGAGAGGUCAGCUUGUCGGCUAGAUGGAGGCGGUAACUUGGUAAUAUCUGAUACGAGAAUGACGAACGGACACUCACCUAGUAGUACAAUAAUAACCGCUACCCCUGGAUCACAACAACCACAUCAACAUCAUCACCCAUCACAUGCCACGACGCCAACAUAUAUAUAUGCUCCUCCAAUAGGUCGAUUCAACUCGUCUUCAUCACGAUCCUUGUCUCAACCACGUCUCAUGUCAUGGACUACAGCUCUCUUUGUCUUGACUACUUGGCUGGUAUCUAUGGUUGGAUACGUCAUUACUCGAUGUGCACUCUUCCCACUAAAUGUGGUCGGAGGUGUCGUCGGUGGUGUCUUGAAACUCUUGCCAGCUCCCAUGUAUGCCACAAAUCAAAAAGCCUUGACGGAUAAAGCUGGUAGUGGUAAUGGUAAUAGUAUGAUGACAGGUAUGAUGAUGAACAACAGCAACGCUAAACCAUCAACAUAUCAUCUGAAUGGAGGCACUGCUGCUGCUGUACAAAUGGCCAAUGAUAGACGUGGAUCUAUUACACUUCAAUCAACAACAGCUGAUAAGGACGGUAAAAGGUAUCAACGUCGAUAA